CUUAGAUACUGCUUGAUUUGUAAUUGAUAAAAAGUUAGACAGAAAGAGGGUUCAGAUUAUGAUGUUAAUUCUUCCUUGGACCAUGCAGGAAUUUUAGGUGGAUGUUCUAUAUUGUUGAUUACCAUUGUCACAGAUCCUGUACAUUUAAUGAUGUGAUUUGUAUAUCAAGACAAUGAAAUGAUAUAUGGAUGAUGUAGGCCUAGUUUUCCAAUAAAGAUAUUGUAUUAUUAUUAUGGUCGACUGUACGACAACGAGUAUGCUCAGUAGGCUAGGCUAGGCCUACACUGUAUUGAUCGUCUGUCUAUAAAUAAGACAAUACUCAGGCAGAUUCACUAGGCCUACUAGGAGCUAGGCCUAGGCUUACAUUAUGGCAGAUACUAGCAGCAGUAGCAGGGUGAUUUCAGGCAAGGGAAUGAAUGCCAAAGUGGUGGUACCCAUGAAACUAUUCGCUACAUGGGAAGUGGAUAGGACAUCACCAAAUUGCAUACCAAGGUUAUGCAGUCUUAGGUUGACAAGAUUAUGUGUUUUAAAACCACUGGAAAAUGAUUUGAGUUCACUUAUUAUCGCUGUGCGCAUGCAGAGUUCAAAGCGGACACUUCGAUCAAAUGAAAUUGUAUUUUCUUCAAGCAAAAAUCUAGAAACGGAAUUGGACUUAUCAUUCUCUUUACAGUACCCACAUUUUCUGAAACGAGAUGGAAACCGGUUACAAGUUAUGCUACAAAGAAGAAAACGCUACAAAAACAGGACAAUUUUGGGCUACAAAACUCUUGCAACAGGUGAUAUUAACAUGUCUGAGGUUUUGCAAAGAUCAAAAGACAGUGAAUUACGAUUAUAUAACCAGACCAAAGAAACGGAAAAAGAAGUUGCAGUAGUGAAGGUAUUAGGUUUGUCCAGCCAACCAGUGGACCAAUUAAGUAAGCGACCGCAAGAUAUUAUUGCUGAUGGUGCAUACAAUGAAAGUGAUGAUGACGAUGAUUCGUAUUAUUCAGACCAGGAUAAUAGUGACAGUGGAGAGAAUCUUGAAACACAGGAACUUGAUGCUGAAGAAGAUGGGAAAAGUAGCAGAACCAAACAGAUAGCACAUAGGCAGCGGAACCUGAAACAAAAGUUCAUUAGCUUACUGAAGCGAUUAAAGGUUGCAAGUGAUGAAAGUGACACGGACCAGUAUCAGUUCCCUGGACAAGCUGCAAAUGCGGAUGAUGAUUCAUUAUAUGGUGAUCUUGAUGAGUUGAAUAUGAGUGACAGCGAGCCUGAUGUUGAUCUAGAUGAUGUCAGUAUUGAAUCAACGCCUAAACCUGUUUUAAGACCUUUCUUCUCACAAAAUAUUCCCACGUCUGUAACUGAGGCAGAAGUGAUGGAUAUAGUGAAAAGGAAGACAUCGGAGAAUGGAUUUAACCAAGAAUCUGAGGAUACUCCGUCAGACGAGAGCUUACAGCUUAAUGAGCAGCCUCCUCCCAAGUCGGUUUCCGUGGGAACCCUUGCUCUAUCAUCAUCUGGCGGAGCCAAUGGUGGACAAAAGAACAUCAACAGACCUAGGUCAUCAUCUAAUAAGGAAAAACAAGGCCAGAGACAAACCCACAGAAGCAAUAGUCUCAACUACUCGGAUCAUACUCAAGAGGAAGCACGCAAGUCCCUUGCUGAUAGGUUGUCGUUACUUUGGCCUCAUAAUGAUUCUAUACCAGAAAAGUUUAUACUAGUAAACGCAACGGAGUGGCAGGGUCAAGUUCUCUCGCACAAAUUGCAGCAGGAGAAACAUAGAGUAGUGUGUACAUUUUCAAGUGCUGAUGUGGAAGACACAAUGCUAUUUUUAGUCACUAAAAUACAGAAAUUCUGUAACCAAAACCCUAAGGUUCCUCGGACAAUCAAGCUGGUAAUAUGUGGUGGAGAAGGGUAUGUUGGUACCAUUCUCAGGCCGUAUGUUGAACAAUUCUCAACUAAAUCCCCUGACUGGCAAAAAUAUGUUAGCUUUUACAUCAUUCCUCUAGGAAAUUCAUCUCUGGGAAAGUACUUGGGUGCAAUUGACAGUAAAUAUCACUCAAUGUUUGUAGAGCCUUCAUGGAGGGAGUUGUUUGAUAAAGACCAACAAGAAGCAAAUGGAAUUGUGAGUAGAGUGUCCAAGUACUUGAGCACGGCCACGUGCAACCACCAGCUUCGCAUCGGAGAAGUGAUGGUCAACUAUAAACUGAAGAGUACAGGCACAGAAUCAACUCAGAAAUUUAUUCCAUUCAUCAAUAGUGUUACAAUUGGUGCUAAUUCAUCUACUGUACCUACGUCAUUUUCAGAGCCUGAAGACAGCUUUUCACCCUUGUCAACAAGUCCGAAGGAGAAAGAUGGACCAACGCCACCAUCAAGUCCAGCCACCAACACAGACGCUGUUGUACAACAGAGGAGAGGUUCGCUAAUUGAAAUCGGAAGUUCAAGUCCACCAGCACCAGCAGAGUUAAUGGACUUACAGGUGGAAUAUUGGCCGAUGUUUUCCGGCAUGAAAAAGGACAAGUCAUCUUUGAAAACAACCUUUCGUUCAUUGAUUGUCAAUCGCUUGUCAAGCUCCAAGGGGCAAUCAGAUUCAUCGCUCUCUAUGACUGUAGUUACUAGAGAGAGGAACAAGAAAUCAAAACAAGUGAUGCGUAUCGGUAAGAAACACAAAGACUCGGAGAAGAGUCAGGUAAUUGAUGGAAUCUAUCGAUUGGUGUGCACAUCAAAGUCACAGAGUAAUUCCCUUACAGUCAACAUUGAUGGGAAUGAAUUAACUGGAGUGAAGUUUUUCCAGUUGACGGCACAAACACAUAGUCACAUCAAGCAGUUCCCAGUAAUUGUGUUUGCUGAAUCUUGACCAAUGGCCGAUGGCUAAGUUGAUACUUGGUCCUUUUUAAAAGAACGACCAAAUACCAUUUAGAUGGAUGCUUUUAGUAGUAAAUGAAAUUAAUGGAGAAACGAUUGGUCAGUUGAUGAUGUCAAGAUGAAGAAAGUUUAAUGAAACAUGGCUGACCUUUAAAAGGCUUUAUGCUGAGCCCAACUAGGCUGUCCAGCCCACAGAGACUCUUUAAGGGCUUUCUGAGGAUGGGGAAAGACCUUUAAAAGAGGGCAAGAUCUUCAUUAAGGACCCUGAAGGUUUUGGCUAUGUCGAGACAAAAUGUAUAUCGCCAUUACCGUCCUAUUUUAAAUGACACCGCUGCACUUCUACUACUGGAGUGAAUUCAGUAGAGACUGAUCUUUUAAAACAAUUUUGGGCAUUAUUGUUGGAGAAAGGAUGAGUUAUUGAUUGAUGUCAGUCAAAACAAUUGUAUGCCAGUCAAUGGAGAAAUGAAAUGGAAUCGGACUUAUAAGCUUUUAUGGUAAUAAAGAAGAAAUGCUAAAUCAUUACUGUGGCUAUUAAGUGGCAAAUCUUACUUGAUAAAUGUCCUUUUCAAAUGCAUGAUAUGUGGCCAGUAUACAGUGAGGUGAUGUAAUAUGUCGUAACUGAAUAAACAUAGUAGGAUGUUUACAUUCAGCAGGAUUAAACAGGUGAAUGCAGGCUCAACAAAAGUAUGGCAACCCUCAAAGCACAAGCAAUACACGUUGCAACAAGUUCUGCUCUAAUCUUGAAAGCAGAUUUUGAAUUCAAGUUGAAUCCCAUGUAAAAUAUCACAUGUCUGCUGCCUUGAAUUGAACAAUAAAUAAAAUUGUUAAUAAAUAAUUGAAAGAUAGCAACAUGGUGCUAGAAAUUGCUAUAUUUCGUACUCCCCUCCUCCAAGCUUUCCACAUGCUUCUGUUCAACCUAUAUACCAAAU